CCUAUCAACCAUGUUGUUGUCCUCCCAGGCCGGCCCUCCUAUCCUCUUAUCAACCAUGUUGUUGACUCCUCCUCCCAGGCCGGCCCUCCUAUCAACCAUGUUGUUGACUCCUCCUCCCAGGCCGGCCCUCCUAUCCUCUUAUCAACCAUGUUGUUGACUCCUCCUCCCAGGCCGGCCCUCCUAUCAACCAUGUUGUUGUCCUCCCAGGCCGGCCCUCCUAUCCUCCUAUCAACCAUGUUGUUGACUCCUCCUCCCAGGCCGGCCCUCCUAUCCUCUUAUCAACCAUGUUGUUGACUCCUCCUCCCAGGCCGGCCCUCCUAUCAACCAUGUUGUUGACUCCUCCUCCCAGGCCGGCCCUCCUAUCCUCUUAUCAACCAUGUUGUUGACUCCUCCUCCCAGGCCGGCCCUCCUAUCAACCAUGUUGUUGUCCUCCCAGGCCGGCCCUCCUAUCCUCCUAUCAACCAUGUUGUUGACUCCUCCUCCCAGGCCGGCCCUCCUAUCCUCCUAUCAACCAUGUUGUUGACUCCUCCUCCCAGGCCGGCCCUCCUAUCCUCCUAUCAACCAUGUUGUUGACUCCUCCUCCCAGGCCGGCCCUCCUAUCCUCCUAUCAACCAUGUUGUUGACUCCUCCUCCCAGGCCGGCCCUCCUAUCCUCCUAUCAACCAUGUUGUUGACUCCUCCUCCCAGGCCGGCCCUCCUAUCCUCCUAUCAACCAUGUUGUUGACUCCUCCUCCCAGGCCGGCCCUCCUAUCCUCCUAUCAACCAUGUUGUUGACUCCUCCUCCCAGGCCGGCCCUCCUAUCAUCCAAUCCACCAUGUUGUUGACUCCUCCUCCCAGGCCGGCCCUCCUAUCAUCCAAUCCACCAUGUUGGCUGGGCUCCCACUAAGCACGCCUUGUUUACUCAACUCCGUCUGUCACCAAGCCAAUCACAGCCUGCCUCUCUCUUCCUGUGGAACUGAACUCCAUUCUGUCUUGCCUGGGUAACAGCAGCCACGGUGGAGUUAGGCUAGGCUAGCAGCCUGACUGUGUUCACAGCAUUCACAUUAUUCACAGGACUGUGUUGUGUUGUGGAGCUGGAGGACUCUGUUGUGAAUAUAGACAGGCUUCUGGGCUUGCCUCGCCUUCCCCUCAGCUCAGGAAGAGAGAGGAGCUAUGUUGUGUUGCAGAGAGGACUCUGGCCUCGCCCCCCUCAGUUCAGUCCAGGAAGAGCUCUACCAUGAAACAGCAGUGACAUGUUGAUCACAGCACAGGCUUCUCCUCUUCUCAGCCAGGAAGAGCUCUGUGCCGUGUGAGGAGACAGGAGUGAUGACUCACUGUGGCUCCUGAGCGGACAGGACGCAUUGUGAUAACCAGGAUGUGACGUGACUGGACAGGAAAGACGUGAAUGUGUUGUUCACUUUGUAUGUGUGUGUAUGGGAGAGAGAGAGAGGAAUGUGUGGGUAAGAAGAAGUGUGUUUGUGCCUGGAAGAAACCAAGAAGAAAUCCCAUGGAUCUGUCGAUUCUCUACUGUGUAACCUAGUGGACAUACUCUACUGUGUAACCUCGUGGACAUACUCUACUGUGUAACCUAGUGGACAUUCUCUACUGUGUAACCUAGUGGACAUACUCUACUGUGUAACCUAGUGGACAUACUCUACUGUGUAACCUAGUGGACAUACUCUACUGUGUAACCUCGUGGACAGACUCUACUGUGUAACCUAGUGGACAUACUCUACUGGGUAACCUCGUGGACAUACUCUACUGUGUAACCUAGUGGACAUACUCUACUGUGUAACCUCGUGGACAGACUCUACUGUGUAACCUAGUGGACAUAUUCUACUGGGUAACCUAGUGUGCUGUUGCUAUAGCACUAAUGUUGUCACUACGGAACUCUACAGUGGAGUGUACCUGCUGGCCCUUCAUCAGUAAAGAAUAUGACAGACAGCUAGCCCCCACCAAAGGAAGCAUGGCGUCAGCGUACCUGGACCCCAACCUGAACCACCAUGCUGGUUUGGGCGGUGGGGUGUCGAAGCCGGGGACCAUGGACCGCGUGCUCAAGAUCCACCACUACUUGGAGAGCAACAGUGAACCUUCCACCUGGGCCAGCCACAUCCGCCACGGAGACGCCACUGACAUCAGGGGUAUCAUCCAGAAGAUAGCAGACAUCCACAAGGUGAAGUGUGUUUCCUGUCUGGGCCUGCGUCUCAGCCACCUGCGCUCAGGGAACAUCCACUGGCUGCACCCCGACAUGGGGGUGUCCCGCGUCAGGGAGAGCUACGAGCUGCUCCACCCUCAGGACGAGUGGAGGUAUGAGCUACGGAUACGCUACUUGCCAAAAGGAUUCUUGAACCAUUUUUCAGAAGAUAAACCUACACUGAACUACUUCUACCAUCAGGUCAAGAGUGACUACAUGUUGGAGGUAGCUGAUCGAGUCGACCAAGACAUUGCACUUAAAUUGGGCUGCCUUGAAAUCAGGAGAUUUUUUAGGGAAAUGCGAGGAAAUGCCCUGGAUAAGAAAUCAAAUUAUGAAUUACUAGAAAAAGAUGUGGGUUUACGAAGAUUCUUCCCCAAGAGUUUGCUGGACUCUGUGAAGGCUAAACCACUAAGGAAACUCAUCCAGCAGACCUUCAAACAAUUUGCCAACCUAAAUGAUGAACAGAGCAUUCACAAGUUCUUUGAGAUCCUGUCUCCCAUUUACAGAUUCGACAAAGAAUGUUUUAAAUGUGCCCUUGGGUCCAGUUGGAUUAUCUCUGUGGAGCUUGCCAUUGGACCUGAGGAGGGCAUCAGCUACCUGACAGACAAAGGCUCUACUCCGACACAUCUGGCCAACUUCACCCAGGUACAGACCAUCCAGUACUCCAGCACGGAGGACAAGGUGCGCCAGGGGAUGCUGCUGCUCAAUGUGGCUGGAGCCCCUGAGCCUCUGACGGUGACCACAGCGUCUCUGAACACGGCAGAGAACAUGGCGGACCUGAUAGAUGGAUACUGUCGCCUGGUCAACGGAGUCUCCCAGUCCUUCAUCGUCCGCGUUCAAAAGGAGGGAGAGAGAGCGCUACCUUCCAUCCCAAAGUCCACCCCGAAAGUCUCCAACCAUGAGAAGCGUCUGGAUGGGGGGGUCCGGACAAGGGUUGCAUGUGUCUCAGAGACAGACGACUAUGCAGAGAUCAUAGAUGAUGAGGAUACCUACACCAUGCCCUCCAAAUACUAUGGACUAGAGGAAGCCAGGGACUAUGAGAUUCAGAGACAGAGGAUUGAGCUGGGUCGCUGUAUCGGAGAGGGACAGUUCGGGGACGUCCACCAGGGAGUCUACAUGAGCCCGGAAAACCCUGCUCUGUCUGUGGCCAUCAAGACGUGUAAGAACUGCACCUCUGAUAGUGUCAGGGAGAAGUUCUUACAAGAAGCUCUGACCAUGCGUCAGUUUGACCACCCCCACAUAGUGAAGCUGAUUGGAGUGAUCACAGAAAACCCCGUGUGGAUCAUCAUGGAGCUGUGUACACUGGGAGAGCUACGCUCCUUCCUGCAAGUGAGAAAAUACAACUUGGACUUGGCAUCACUGAUUCUCUAUGCUUUCCAGCUAAGCACAGCACUUUCCUACCUGGAGAGCAAGCGGUUUGUACAUAGGGAUAUAGCUGCCAGGAACGUGCUGGUAUCCUCAGUGGACUGUGUUAAACUGGGAGACUUUGGCUUGUCUCGAUACAUGGAGGACAGCUCCUAUUACAAAGCCUCCAAAGGGAAACUGCCUAUCAAAUGGAUGGCGCCAGAGUCUAUUAACUUCAGACGCUUUACCUCAGCCAGUGACGUGUGGAUGUUUGGUGUGUGUAUGUGGGAGAUCCUCAUCUACGGAGUCAAACCCUUCCAGGGGGUGAAGAACAACGAUGUCAUCGGGCGGAUAGAGAACGGAGAGCGUCUGGCCAUGCCCCACAACUGCCCCCCUACCCUGUACAGCCUGAUGACCAAGUGCUGGGCCUACGACCCUAGCAAGAGACCCUGCUUCACAGAGCUCAAAGCCCAGCUCAGUCAGAUAUUGGAGGAGGAGAAGCUCCAGCAGAAGGAGAGGACACGUAUGGAGAUGAGACGUCAGGUCUCUGUGUCCUGGGACUCAGGGGGGCCCGACGAGGCGCCGCCUAAACCCAGCAGACCAGGGUACCCCAGCCCACGCUCCAGUGAGGGGUUCUACCCCAGCCCACAGCACCUGGGGCAGCCCACCCACUACCAGAUGGCAGGAUACCCAGGCACCCACGGCAUGCCUUCCAUCACCAGUGGGAUGUACCCUCCCCAGGCUUCCCACGAUCCCCAUGACACCUGGAACCACCACCGGCAGCAGGACCUCCCCAUGUGGUCCCCCAACAUGGAGGACAGGGGGUCUCUGGACAUGCAGGUGAUGGGUCAGGUUCUGCCCCCCCUCCUGAUGGAGGAACAGCUGAUGAUGCAACAGCAGCAGAUGGAGGAGGACCAGCGGUGGCUGGAGCAUGAGGAACGCUUCCUGAAGCCGGAUUCAAGGAUUUCCAGAGGCAGCAUUGACCGGGACGAAGGCAUCCUCCACGGACCAACAGGAAACCAGCACAUAUACCAACCCAUAGGCAAACCAGAACAUGCAGCUCCACCAAAGAAACCUCCCCGUCCUGGAGCCCCCAGUCACCUGGGUAGUCUGGCCAGCCUGAACCCCGUGGACAGCUACAAUGAGGGAGUGAAGCCCUGGCGGCUCCAGCCUCAGGAGAUCAGCCCACCCCCCACUGCCAACCUGGACCGCUCUAAUGACAAGGUCUAUGAGAAUGUCACAGGACUGGUGAAGGCUGUCAUAGAGAUGUCCAGUAAAAUUCAGCCUGCGCCUCCCGAGGAAUACGUGCCAAUGGUCAAGGAUGUGGGUCUGGCACUGAGAACACUCCUGGCCACAGUGGAUGAAACAAUCACGUUACUUCCAUCUAGCACACACAGAGAGGUGGAGAUGGCCCAGAAGCUGUUGAACUCUGACCUGGCGGAGCUGAUCAACAAGAUGAAGCUGGCCCAGCAGUACGUCAUGACCAGCCUGCAGCAGGACUACAAGAAACAGAUGCUGACGGCCGCCCACGCCCUGGCCGUAGACGCCAAGAACCUUCUAGACGUCAUCGACCAGAGCCGGCUCAGGAUGUUGGGCCAGGCCCGGCCGCCACCUCACUAGCGCUGUGGGAGGAGGGUGUGGAGUGUGGGAUGAACUGAGUCAACACAAAGCUUCUGUCUGAAUGACUGUCUGGACAGAUGGAAGCCAUGUGAAGGCAGCCUUGGGUUUGUUCACCUGUUCUGUCAUGUCUAAUCAGUGAUUACUUCAAGGAAGGGAGGAAUGAGGAAGAUUUCACUGUGAAGGAAUUUGAACGGGAUACUGCUUCUACAGGACCAUCAUAUGGACUGGACUCCAUGUGCGUCACCAGGCAGACAAGCGACCACCUCUGACCCUCACUCCACAACACACCACUCCUUUUUAUAGACUUGGAAUAUUUGAAGAGUUAUUUUAUUUUAUGCUGCACCGAUUGUGUCGGCUGACUAACUGUGAAUUCCUACAGUCCCAGAUUUAAUCUGAAGAAGAAUCAGGAGGCACACUUCAGAAACUGCUCCCCCCAGAGGACAUACGGAGGAUGAUGUGGACAACACAACUGAACUGGAACCUCUCUGCUUUAGUGGACAGAACACUGAGCUCCUCACACUACGUCUAACAUGUCUGCUUCAUUUUUGACACUUGUCACAAGCUCAAUAGUGAUUCAUGGAGGAUCACAAACACUGGGAUAUAUUUUGUCUUGGCUCAGUCGGCCAUCUUGUCAAAUAGGAGAAAAUAAAGGAUGAAAUAAAAUGAUGACAAAAAGACAAA